GUAGUUGUAGUUUCCUUUCCGAUUUCCCAUUUAAACAUUCUACUUUCCUACACUCUUUCUAUAGUAGUAAAUAAAAUUUUUUUUUAAAAAAACUUAACUAACAAUUUAAAAGAAAAAAUAAUAAUUGUGGGAUAUUCCUAGAUUUGAUGUAUGAUUAAUUUGCUUCGACAGCCCAAAAACUAUAAUAAAUUACGAAAAUUAUUAAUUUAAAGCACAAACAUUUCAUUGUCUACGCCCACAAAGUCUAAUCGAGAGAGAGAGAAGUAGAGAAGUCUUUCACAAAGUCGUCGGAGGAGAAAGAAGAAGAAGAAGAUGUCGUGGCAAUCGUACGUUGACGACCACCUUAUGUGCGAUGUCGAAGGCAACCACCUCACCGCCGCCGCCAUUCUUGGUCAAGACGGCAGUGUCUGGGCUCAGAGCGCCGCUUUCCCUCAGUUGAAGACUGAAGAGAUCAAUGGGAUCACCAAGGACUUCGAGGAGCCUGGGUUUCUUGCCCCGACCGGUUUGUUUCUCGGUGGAGCUAAAUACAUGGUUAUUCAAGGUGAAUCAGGAGCUGUCAUCCGAGGGAAGAAGGGACCUGGAGGAGUUACUAUCAAGAAGACGACUCAAGCCUUGGUCAUUGGCAUCUACGAGGAGCCUAUGACUGGAGGUCAAUGCAAUUUGGUUGUGGAGAGGCUCGGGGAUUACCUCAUCGAGUCUGAUCUCUAAAAAUUUCUGUUUCGAAGUCUCUUCUUUUUAACUGAAAGAAUGGUUUGAACCAAAUAUCUUUGUUGUUGGUCUUGUUCCCGGGGUGUGUCUUGUAAUGGCAUUUGAUGAUAUUAUUUUUUUUCUUUCAUUAUGUGUUGAGUUAUUGGAUU